CACAAAUCUCGGUGUCGGUAAAUCACUAAGCUCCGUGACUUAAAAUGGAACUGCUUGGAUUUACCAGCUGUUGCAUUGUUGGAGUGACGGACAGUAUCCGUUACUCUGUCUCAUCUUUGGUCGCCUACGAACUUCGCAGUUCAAAUCACCUGUCAGCAUAAUCGGUAAUCUCUGCAAAACUAUGGACAAUUUCGCCUACACUAUCCACUCGAUGUGCCUUGCUUCUGCGACAGUUCCCCAGCUCCACAUCCUCGACACAAUCACACAACCACCAAAACCGCAUACCCUGGCAGUCUAUAAGUCACUCAUGGCACUAGCGCGCCAUCGAAUCCUAAUGUCAGAUAUCUUUAUCCUCGGCUUUCAACUCGGGUACCUGAGACGAAAUAUGAUGGAUGAAGUAGAACCAGUCUCUACUCCUUGCUUGACGCAGGACAGCUUUUACACCAUACUUUCUUUUAUCGCGCCUGCUACAUUUGGUCGCGACCUCGAAGAAAAACCGUAGAAUAAACUAGUGUACUAUAUUCAAUCCCAGAAGCUGCUUUUCUGAUGUCAUGGCUCGUUCAUCGUCGCAGUCAAAGAGAAGACAAUGAUAAAACGCUGUUUGAUAAGCCAUGAGCGUAUAUAUCAAUACCUUUUUAAUUCAAGAUGUUUACGAUAUGGGGAUAAAAUAAACGGUGUUACAUUAAGG